AGAAGUUGACACACCAUAACAAAAUAUGCGAAAGUUCCUUGCCAGUGUCAGUGCUGUCUUUGAGGUCCCGUCUUUCGAAUGACAGCCAAGAUGGGCUUCCUACCGGACAGAGGCGGUUUCUGUUUACUCCUGCUUUUAUUCGUUUUGGAGGCACACUUCCGUUGGGCAGAUUCCCAACACUGCGUGUGGUACGGCGAGUGUGCCCAGUUUGGAAAGAAAUACAACUGUAACUACACUGGCGCUCCGAUUUCUCUGGACCCAGAAGGCUAUGAACUUAUUACAGAACUGUGCCCUGGUUAUAAUUAUGGAACCCGGAAACUGUGCUGCGAUGUGAACCAGUUGCGUACCCUCAAAGGGAGUCUCCAGCUGCCCCUGCAGUUCUUGUCCCGGUGUCCAUCGUGUUUCAGCAACUUGAUGAACCUCUUCUGCGAGCUGACGUGCAGCCCGCAUCAGAGUCAAUUCAUGAAUGCCACCAAAUUCAACAGCUCCAGCGUGGUAGAAGUUCAGUACUACAUCGGACAAACAUAUGCUAACGCCAUGUACAACGCCUGCAGAGACGUACAAGCGCCGUCCAGCAACGUGAAGGCCUUGUCGUUGCUGUGCGGCAGGGCUGCCAAGGACUGCAAUGCCACCAACUGGAUCCAGUACAUGUUUAACAUAGACAAUGGACAGACUCCAUUUCCUAUAAUACCAAUAUUCUCAGAUGUUCCGGUAUCUGGCUACAUACCCAUGAACAACAAGACGUAUGAUUGCUCCGAAGGCCUGGAUGAUGGUUCAGGUCCUUGCUCCUGCCAGGAUUGCACCAAAACCUGUGGGCCCAAGCCUGUCCCACCACCAAUCCCCCCUCCAUGGACCAUUAUUGGAAUGGACGCGAUGACCGUCAUCAUGUGGAUCUCUUACAUUGCAUUUCUGUUCGUGUUUAUUGGCACAGUGCUCGCAGCAUGGUGUUACAGGAAAAGGACGAUCAUGUCGGAGUACGGGCCCAUAUUGGAUAGCAAUAACCCCUUAUCUCUCAACAGUGACAAUCCUGAAGCAGUAAACGCGUCAUGCUGCGAGACGCUCGGCGAGCGUUUCGAGAACUCGCUGCGGGUGACCUUUAGUUCGUGGGGCUCGUUCUGCGUGCGCUACCCAGGUCUGGUCAUUCUGGCCAGCGUGCUCUUGGUGUCGGCCUCAUCAGCCGGUCUGGUCUACAUGCGCAUCACCACCGACCCCGUGGAGCUGUGGUCGUCGCCCGGCAGCCGGGCGAGACAGGAGAAGGACUACUUCGACAGCCACUUUGGGCCUUUUUACAGGACAGCUCAGCUUAUCAUUACCACGCCGCUCAACGAGACCUUUAUCUACCAACCCUACUUCGGAGGGUCCGAUGUCCCCUUUGGUGCCAUCUUGGAUAAGGGUAUCCUACAUCAGGUGCUCGAUUUGCAGCUUGCCAUUGAGGCACUCGUCGCCCAAUAUGAUGGCCAAAAUAUUACGCUGAAGGACAUCUGCCUGGCCCCGCUGGCCCCCUACAACAACCACUGCACCAUCUUGAGCAUCCUCAACUACUUUCAAAAUAGCCAUGAGGUGCUGGAUCACUGGCAAGGCGAUGACUUUUGGACCUACGCUGACUUUCACAGCCACUUCCUCUACUGUGUCAGCGCACCAGCAUCCCUCAAUGACACGACGGCCUUGCACGAUCCAUGUCUUGGCACUUUUGGAGGGCCCAUCUUCCCGUGGCUGGCCCUGGGUGGCUAUGACUCCACCAACUACAACAAUGCGACCGCGCUUGUCAUCACCUUCCCGAUUAACAACUACCUUAAUGACACUGUCAAGUUGGGUAAAGCUCUUGCAUGGGAAAAAGAAUUCAUUCGUUUCAUGAAAGAAUUCAAGAACCCCAAUCUGACCAUCGCCUUCAGCGCUGAGAGGAGCGUCGAGGACGAAAUCAACCGAGAGAGCAACAGCGAUAUCAGCACCGUCGUCCUUAGCUAUGCCAUCAUGUUUGUCUACAUCUCUCUAGCAUUAGGACACAUUAACAGCUGCAGGAGACUGCUGGUUGACUCCAAGAUUUCUCUGGGCAUAGCGGGCAUCCUGAUCGUGCUAAGCUCGGUGGCAUCCUCGCUAGGCAUCUUCAGCUAUUUUGGCAUCCCCCUCACCCUAAUCGUCAUUGAGGUCAUCCCCUUCCUGGUGCUGGCUGUCGGUGUGGACAACAUUUUCAUUAUUGUGCAGACGUACCAGAGGGAUGAGCGGAUGCCUCAGGAGGAACUUCACCAACAGAUUGGACGCAUCCUCGGAGAUGUCGCACCUAGCAUGUUCCUGUCGUCCUUUUCUGAGACUGUGGCCUUCUUCCUUGGAGCGCUGUCCAACAUGCCUGCAGUCAGGACCUUCUCCCUCUUUGCUGGCUUAGCUGUUUUUAUUGAUUUCCUGUUGCAGAUCAGCUGCUUUGUCAGCCUAUUGGGUUUAGACCUGAAGAGGCAGGAAGCGAACCGCUUGGAUAUCAUCUGCUGCGCAAAGUUGCCCGAAGGUCAGGAAGAAAAGACGGAAAGCUUCCUUUUCCGCUUUUUCAAGAAGAUCUAUGCACCAUUCAUCCUCAAAGAGUGGGUGCGACCCAUCAUUGUGGCUGUGUUUGUGGGAGCCCUAUCUUUCAGUAUCGCUGUGGUUAAUAAAGUUCAGAUUGGACUGGAUCAGCAGCUCUCCAUGCCUGAUGACUCGUAUGUGUUGGAGUACUUCAAAAACCUGAGCCAAUAUCUUCACACGGGAGCUCCGGUUUAUUUUGUCGUGGAGGACGGCCUCAACUACAGCAGCCUUGAGGGUCAGAAUGCUGUAUGCGGUGGCGUGGGAUGUAACAAUAAUUCGUUGGUGCAGCAGGUCUACUCUGCAUCGCUCAUCAGCAACUAUUCCACCAUCGCUUUCACGCCUUCCUCCUGGAUUGACGACUAUUUCGACUGGGUGAAGCCACAAUCCACCUGCUGCCGUUAUUACAACACUACAGGAGCCUUCUGUAAUGCUUCGGUGGUGGACCCAUCAUGUGUACAUUGUCGACCCUUGACGCAAAGCGGAAAGCAGAGGCCCGUGGGCGAAGACUUCAUGCAAUUUCUUCCCAUGUUCUUGUCAGACAAUCCUAAUGUCAAGUGUGGAAAAGGCGGCCAUGCAGCCUACGCUGCAGCAGUGGAUAUAUAUCCCAACAACACCCAGGUGGGAGCCAGCUACUUCAUGACCUUUCACACCAUUCUAAAAGAGUCGUCGGACUACAUCAACUCUUUGAAAAUGGCCCGUGUCUUGGCUGAUAACAUCAGUCAGACCCUGGAUCACAAAGUUUUUGCCUACAGCGUCUUCUACGUGUUCUACGAGCAGUACCUGUCCAUCGCACACGACACAGCCUUCAACCUCAGCGUGUCGCUGGGCGCAAUCUUCGUGGUGACCACCAUACUGCUGGGAUUCGAGCUGUGGUCGGCCGUGCUGGUGUGCGCCACCAUCGCCAUGAUCCUGGUCAACAUGUUCGGCGUAAUGUGGCUUUGGAACAUCAGCCUCAAUGCUGUCUCACUUGUCAACCUGGUCAUGGCUUGUGGGAUAUCUGUGGAGUUCUGCAGUCAUCUGGCUCGUGCAUUUUCCAUAAGCAUGAAAAAAAGCAGAGUAGAACGAGCUGAGGAGGCGCUGGCGCACAUGGGAAGCUCAGUGUUUAGCGGGAUCACACUGACAAAGUUUGGCGGCAUCCUCAUCCUGGCGCUUUCCAAGUCCCAGAUCUUCCAGGUGUUCUACUUCCGUAUGUACUUAGCCAUCGUGCUGCUGGGAGCUGCGCACGGCCUCAUUUUUCUGCCCGUGCUACUCAGCUACAUAGGUCCUUCAGCAAACAAAGCAAAGGUGUUCGCAGCCAACAGGCGCUUCGUCGGGACUGAAAGGGAGCGACUCCUCAAUUACUAAGACAGACGGGUGGGCAGGACACAUAUGCUUUUGUGUAAGCGUGUGGGUUGUGAGUGCCACAAGCUUUCAAUCUUUUUUUCCCACCCCUUCCGUCUUCUUCCGCCGUUACUGACAAACUGGUCAUGGCCGCAAAUGUUUUUUUACAUGGACUGGACUGAAGAACAUUACUUGACGUCGCGUGGCAUACAACAAACUAUUUGACGCUGGAGUGACAGAAUCUAAGACUGGAAUGUCAUGCAGUUAUCACUUGACAGACACUUGGGUAGGUCGUAGGUGAUUUGGGAAUCUUAAAAGGGUGUAAUGGUCAAUUUUAAAAGAAUAAUGUAUAUGUAUGUAAAUCUCAAACACAUUUUUUUUCUCACAUCUCUGCACAUAUCAGAGGCCAAGCUAACAUUUUCAAGCCCUGACUGUACAAAGUAAAAAUGCAAUAACAUGCAGUUUGGAAAUACUGUAUUUACUCAGGUUUUACUGUCUCAUAGUUGACAAGAUAGGUCCUAAGGUUUAGAAGCGUUAACAAGAUACACUUGGGAAGGCCUGUCCUAUCACUGGAACAUUGUGUUCAAAAACAAUAAUUAAUAAAUAAUAAUUAAUAAAAUUUGCAGUUACGAAGCAGUUUCAAGUAUAAGUAAAGCCAAGGGCGUAGGUUUGGUUAGAACAUUGGUAGGGACGAUAUCACUGCAUAACCUGCAUGUACACUUUUUGCUUAGGAGGGACAUUAUUAAACUUAAACAGAUAGGGUGAAUGGGGGUCAGGGCUACGUUUCUCAUGAAUAUGAACCUAAUUAAUUGAUAGGCAAAAUGAUCAAUGCAAAAUGAAUCUGUUUUGACUUCUGUUAUAUAUCUCUAUCUGUCUAUAUCUGACAUCUGUUAUAUAUAGGGAUGUCGAUCGGGUCCGAUCACGUCAUUUUCAAAGUAUUGGAAUCGGCAAAAAAAAUAUCGGACAUGCAUUUUUUAAAUACGGUAUAUAUAUAUAUAUAUAUAUAUAUUUUUUUUUAUUAAAUCGUUUUCUAAUUGUAUUUAACAUUACAGACAUAAUUUGUUACACUCAUCCAGUCUUUAGUUUAGGCUUAAGGUAGGGUUAUCAAAUUUAUUCCGUUAGCGGCGGUAAUUAAAAAAAAAAAUUAUCACAAUAAAAUAUUUAACGCAAUUAACGCAUGCGCUGCACGACCCACUCACCCAAUGUCGCGUUCAAUCUGUAAUGGCGCCGUUUUACCUAUAUAUAGAGCUAAAAGGCAGCGUAAAAUGAGUAGAGUGAAUUUUGGCAGCCUUUGGAGCCUUUUUUUAAUUGGCUAAAGCCUUACAAUCCCUCUCCCUACGAUUAGAAAUAUCGUGGGAAGCAAUGUGGGGAAGUAAGGUAGUAAUUGAUCUUUUACUUAACACCCUAUGUUAUUUCCCUACGCAGAGAAGAUAUAUCAAUUGGUACCACUACGCACAGUCAUGGUUGCACUUCCCAUCAUGCAUUUGGGCAGAAGUUAAAUGGCUACAGUAUAAUUUACUGAAAGCUCAACAAAUACACUAGAUGGCAAUAUUUAGUCACAAUAUACAAAGUCACAUUUAUCCUUUAAGAAUUACAAGUCUUUCUAUCUGUGGAUCCCUCUCACAGAAAGAAUGUUAAUAAUGUAAAUGCCAUCUUGAGGAUUUAUUGUCAUAAUAAACAAAUACAGUACUCAAAAAGGCUAGUUGCGACAUUGUUGAAAUUAUUAAUUAAAAAAAAAAAUAAAAAUAAAGCAAAUGUAACAGAAUGGCUUGCUAAAAUCUGCUUCAAUAUAUUGUUCUACAUAAAGGACGUCAGCCAAGGUCGGCCCCCCACGUUUUUAUCACACCAAAUUUGGCCCCCUUCGCAAAAAGUUUGGACACCCCUGAUCUAAAUUAAUAAACAUAACUGAGAAAAACUCAUAACGUUAACAGCAGAAAACACAUACAGGACAUUUCUCUUUAACCAGCUUCCCACUCGAGUUUUUCAGGUUAUCAUGUUCACACAGUUUAAUGUUAUCCUAAGUCAGAUUCAUGUCGGACUUUCAGUAGCAAAAUUAGUGAUGUUUCCCAAGUCCACAACACUGACGUUUUUUACAUUCCUUACAGUUCCCAGAUAGCAGAAUUAGCAGAUAAACAUUGAUUUUCCAUCAAAAUCAUCAGUAUGGUUGACAUCGAAAUUUUCGACGUCAAGUGACGUUGAAACAACUAAGCAAAAUGAUGCCAACGAGCCCAUAUUUUUGGCCCACCAUUUCGUCACAGUGUACUGUGAAACCCAUACAUGCAAUCCAACCCAUACGUCCAUAUUUUGUAUAUUAAUCAGAUUUUGUUGCACUGCAUACUUCAAACUUCUCACCCCAAAUGAUUGUCAGUACUUACAGUAGCUGGCACCAAACCUUUUUCUAAAAGAGAAAAAGAAGUUAAAGAAGAUUUUUUUUAUUUUUUUAAGCUUGAAAUUAAGUAUCAAAACUCACACAAGUCAACUAAAGCAAACUGUAGUAAACAAAAUAAAAUAUCAAUUAAACAAUUGCCAGAUUAGGGACCCCCUAGUGGUCAGGGGCCUUAAGCAGCUGCAUAGUCUGCGUAUAGGCUGGGCCGGCCCUGAUGUCAGGCAAUAGUUGGGUUAAAAUUGUUUUAUAGUUGAUUAACUAAUGUUGACAUAUGGUUGAUUUAUGAUUGACCGGGAAAUAUGAUUGAAAAGUCAUGUCGAAGUUAUGUCAAAAACAUAACAUUGGUUCAGCGUUCCAAUAUUAUUAAUAAUCAAAAUAACGUUUAGAUUUUGUAAGGAUUUCAACGUUGAAACAACAUUAUUGAGGGUGCAAAAGUGACGUUGAUUCAACGAUAUAAGAUCAACAAUGUCGGUCUGCUAUCCGGGUAGCUGCUGCUGGCUGAAAAAAAUUUCUAAUAUCCCUCCUCUUCAAAGGGGUCAGAGGAGGCGGCAUGUUGUCGACAUGUUGUAUCUUUGUCGGGGCUGUGGGGGGGGGGGGGGGUGUAAGGGGGGAGCAUGUCAUCAGCCAAUCAAACGUGCAUAUGAGGUUAAAUGAAAUAAUAACGGUCCGGCACAUUCAGCAAGUGAAAAGGGGUAAAUGUAAGUCUGAAAAUAAUGUAAAUAUAUCACUUAAUAAUAGUAGGGUCAAUUCUAUCCUUAAAACAUAAAAAAGACCAUCUAAAUUACCUACAUAACUGAACAUUAUACAAUACAAAUAAGUUUGCCUGAAAGUAAGUGGGGACAAUUCGAGGAUCCUGAAAGGUUGGUAGUGUUAUGUCCCUACCGUCCCUAUGCAAACCUACGCCCUUGAGUAAAGCGCACAUGUGUGAAUACCUCUAUUCUUGGGACCUAACUUGAAAUAUUCUAAUGUUCCUCAAACUAAUGCUGAGUACAUUAUUAUUUUAUUAAUUUCAUAAUGCGUCACUCAGCAAUAACAGGAAUAUAGGACCUUGUGCACAGAAUAGGCGUGCUCUUACAGGAAAGGUACCACUUUUAUGUGUUUGGCUACACUUCUUAAUUGAUGGGAGUUAUGUUUUUGGAGUGUAAAUGAAGCUGGGUUGAAGUGACUCAACCAUUCCUUUUGGAUACUAGUUUUUAAAACAGUUUUAAUACAUUAUUAAAAAGUUCUCACCCAAAAAACAUGCAAGCCUGUCCCUUCUGCUUGGCUUUUGUUACCUCCUAAUGAUGAUUUCAGACGGUGGUAUUCAUGUUUUAACGCUAAGGUACGCAAAAUGUUUUGUAAUGAAGUUGGAGUAAGAACAAAAAAAGCAAACAAUCUAUAUUAGGAAUCGUUUUUUUUGUUUGUUUGUAUGAGAAUUUGUUUGAAGACAGAAAAAGAUGAAUACAGUGGGAACUCUACUUACGAACAUCUCUACCAACGGAAUUUUCAGGUUACGAUUAGGCAUGUGCCGGCAUGAUAUUCUGACUGUAUGAUAACCUUAAGCCAAAAUAUCACGGUUUCACAGUAUUGCAAUUACAGAUCUAAAAUGUGUUACUUUCAGAUACCUGGGUUUUAAAAAAAACUUUUUUCCAUUGAACGAUUUUUAAUAUUCAAAACAUAUAAGCAAAUUGGAACAUAAGUAUAAUGUCAGGUUAAAAUACUAUACCAGUAUAUAUAUUACGUAAUUUUUCGUUUAUGAGGCUGCUUCCAGAACCAAUUCAUUGUGUAAGUACAGGUACCAUAGUAUUUUAUAGUUACAUUUAUCUGACUUUUUAGAAUAAAAUGUUUUUUUUAAUUAAUUUUUUGGGUAAUUGAACAUGAACUUUAAUAACGUUUGCUCUUGGUUAUUUAACAAGUCGGAUUUGAUUUAAAUUUUUUACUGGGAAUUUCAAUGGGAAUUUCUUGUCAAGAGUCAAGAAUCUGCAGUGGACAAGGUGGUGAUGCUGGAACUUUGGUUUGGUGCUGUUCCGGUGAGAUUUACAAAGAAGACUGCCUGAAGAAAACAUCAAAAUUCCCUCACUCCUUGCUGAUAUGGGGCUGCAUGUCAGGCAAAUGCGCUGGGGAGAUGGCUGUGGUUAAAUCUUCAAUAAAUGCACAAGUUUACAUUAAAAUUUUAGGGAGCUUUCUUAUCCCUUCAAUUGAAAAUAUGUCAUUUUCCAAGAUGACAAUGCGUCAUGCCACAGAGCUAAAACUGUUAAAAGUAUUCCUUGGAAAAAGACUCAUCCAGUCGAUGUCAUAGCCUGCAAAUAGCCCAGAUCGCAACCCUAUUGAAAACCUGUGGUGGAAAUUGAACAAAAAAAAAUGUUCCACAGCAAGGCUCCGACUUGUAAGGUUCAUCUGGCAACUGCAAUCAAAGAGAGUUGGCACCGAAUUGAUGAAGAAUACUCAUCAAGUCCGUGCCUCAGAGACGGCAAGCUGUCAUAAAAGCCAGAGGUGGUGCUACUAAAUACUAGAUAUGUGUUUUGAUUGUUAUUUCUAUGUUUGUUUCUCAUGAUUCCAUAUUUUUUUUCCUCAGAAUGGUUUGAUUCCAUAUAUAUAUUUCCCUGCACUUUCUCUAUAAAAGUAACAUUUACUGGCCACCACAAUGUUUUAAUUCAUUUCUUUUAGUGUUUCUGAAUGCUUAAUAGUUGCACUUUUGAACUAAUUCAUUAUUUUUUUCAAACUUUUUAUCUGAGUUCGUUCUACAUGAUAAAAUGUCUGAGUGAAUGCUCGUCGGAGACUGUUGAUUCCAUACUUUUUGCUAGGGGUUGUAUUUCCAUACUUUUCCCUCCCAUCAAGAUGCGUAGAAAUGGCCACCUUGCUGCAGUGAUUACCGCUAACCACUUUGGGGCGCUGCAGUACAUGAUACUGCUUAGAAACAGGAAUGACCUUAUUUUAUUACAAACCUGCAGAGUUGAACCCUGUUUACUAUUAUAGGAAAAAAAACUUAUUUGUCUAAAAAUGUGCCGCAUUCUUUUGUCACAUUUUCCACCCAUUUAUUUCUGUC